GCGGUAGUAAAACAAAAGACAGUCGACCAUAGCUGAACCUUCAUUAUAGUGGAUAUUAUUUUGUUGGAGUUUAUUGUUUUCUCAUCGCAUGAACUCGAUUUCCUCAGUAUUGUCUACAUUGUUCAGAAGACCAUUAUUUGGACCGAAAUUACAUGAAAGGAGCCUGAUACUGGACAGGUUGAUGUUUACGGUGCAAGCGUCCCAUUUUUGCGGGAACCGCAGAGCCUCCGUGUGGGGCUAGAGGACCAUGUUCCGUCCUGGAGGAGAGAGAGACUUCCAGACGUCGGUUCGUAGGAUGGGGACGUCCCUGCUCUUCCAGCUGUCGGUUCAUGAGCGAGAGUUGGACCUCGUGUUUCUUGACCACAGCUAUGCCAAACCCUGGAACGCCCACCCGGAUGCCAGCAGCGUGCGGCCCACCCGCAUGCUGUUCGUCACCCCGCGGCGGCAGCCGGAGCCUUCUGUCGAUUCGGACAUUUCCAUCGACGUAGAGAUGGUCACACCCACUCCAAUGCCUCUCUAUGACAAUCAGAAAGCCCGCAGUGUGAUGAACGAGUGUGAACGUCAUGUUCUGUUUGCUCGAACCAUCGCUGAUGGACCACCUCCUCCCGAUGAUUGGGAAGAACACAUCAACAAAGCUGGCUGGUCAUUGGCUCAGAACAAGCUCUUCAAUAAAGUAUUGAAAGCACUGCAUGCAGAAAGACUCCGCAGACUGGCCAAUGAGGGUGCUUGUAAUGAACCUGUCUUACGCAGGAUAGCUGUGGAUAAAUGUGCUCGUAAGGUCCGCCAUGCUCUGGCCAGCAUCAACUGGGACAUAAAGCUGACACAUUGGCUUCACAGCACACUUGUGGAGUCUUUGAGUCUUGCUAUGCUGGCGGCUUACCUUGAUGUAUUGCAGACACUCAAAAGCAAGGUACCAUCCCUGAUCGACAAGAUGUUGCUGUCAUCCUCUGUAAAAACAGGAGCGGCAGGGUCUGAGGCUCUUUCUCUGCUCCUUAAGCGGCCAUGGGACCCUGCUGUGGGUGUGCUAUCACACAACAAACCAAGUAAACUUCCUGGAUCCCCCCUGAUCCUGAUAGCUCCAUCAGGACCAACAAACCCUGCCUUCUCUACCUCUCGACGAAUGAGAUUCUGGCAAUCUCAGCUCUCCUGUCUAGGGAAGGUCAUUCCCAUUAACGUUCAUGUGGGCAGUGGAGCCAACAUCGGAAUCACGCAGUGUUUAGAGCACAUGAUCAGCACAGUCAGAGGAAAAGUUAUUGAGGUUCACAGUCACUUUCCUCACAAGCCGAUCAUCUUGGUGGGCUGGAAUGUGGGCUCAUUGGUCUCUUGUCAUGUGUCCCUUAUGGAGUAUGUGACUGCUGUUGUGUGUUUAGGUUUCCCUCUCCAAACCGUCAAUGGGCCCCGAGGGGAUGUUGAUGAUCCGCUGUUGGACAUAAAGACUCCAGUGCUGUUUGUGGUCGGUAGGAACGCUCUUCAGGGCAGUCCUGAGAACAUGGAGGAGUUCAGGGAGAAGAUUCAGGCUGAUAACAGCAUGGUAGUUGUUGGAGGGUCAGAUGACAACUUGAGGAUCAACUCCACUAAGAUGAAGACAGAAGGCCUGACGCAGACCAUGGUGGAUCGCUGCAUUCAAGAUGAGAUAGUCGAUUUUCUGACAGGAGUUUUGACCCGUGCUGAGAGCCAUGGCCAAGGCUCUGGUGAAACUCGAGAUUUGGAUGCCGAGAAGAAGAAGAAACCACGUCGUGAGCUGCCCUUUGACCUUGAGAGGUCACGACCCUCUUCACCUGCUGUGAGGGUACCUAUCUCCCCAUCUGGGUCAGAGGAUAUGUCCAGUGUCUGCAGCAGUCCUACAACCAGUCCCAAAUCCAAGAUGGUCGGACUUUCUCCAGCUCAGAAAUCCAGUCUCAUUACUGCCACACAGCUGCUGAAGACCCACAUGCAGCGCUCAGGAACUGUGCUCACACACAAGCAAGCACAAGCUCAGUUCGCUGCUUUUAUGAAACACAAUAUGCUGGUGAAGAAAAGCAUUCCUCCUGGCAGCCCAUCAUGUCUCUUUGUGCCGGUGCCCAGUGAGCAGGUGGAGGGUUUGGACCGAGACGACCUGAGGCUCCACCUCAAGAGAAGACAGACUCCUAGUCCCACUCCCACCAAAGCCUCCAAAAGAGCCAAGAUCAAAGUCACCAUCGUCUCCCACGGAGAUGCGGCGGGAAACACGGCUGGAUCCACUUCUCAGGACGUGGGUUUGUCAGGAAAGCCCCUCGGACUGACAGUGGGCCAGACGGUAUCGGGGGCCAAAGAGCUGUCGGAGCUUCUCAGUGCACAAAGGUCAGGUUUGGCAGACGUGUCUGGAGCUUUGUGUUCCAGUGAAGGGCCGUUUCACAGCCUGCAGGGGAGCGUGAUGUCCGGUUCUUCCUCUCCUGUCCAGGCUCAGGCCCCUGCCACUGCACAAGCUCCCUCUGCCAGUAGUCUGCUGCAGGGCCUCAGCCUCAGUCUGCAGGAGAUCAACACUAAAUCACCAGGCGUCCCCUCCACCACACAGGUGUGCGGAGGGAAGCCGCAGUGUCAGGGGCAGGUGUUGAGCUCGCUCAGCUCGGGCGGCAGCGGCACACUCGUGCGGACGGUGCCGGUCGUGUCCACAGGAUCCGGGAUGACCAAAACCACAGCCAUCCACCAGCUCCUCACCAACGGCGGCCUGGCCAAACUAGCCCAUAGCCUGCCAGGACUGGCCCACGUCUCCAGUCAGAGCACGGGUACGUCCUCGUCGCCGCUGAUGACACGGCGAUCCAAACAAAGGCGUCCGCGAUGAGUAGAGUAGCUGCAAGGUCAAAGGUCGAGUCCAUGAGAAGCAUCUGAGCUGAGCGUGUAAAUGUGUACCAUAAACAUUUGUGUAGAUUUGUACUGUUUUUUUUAAUGCAUGUAAAGAGCUUUAUUGGGUGAUCUUGGUUUAGCGUACUUUUACACAAGUUGUUCAUUUUAGGGGUCAACCUUUAACUCAAGCGGCUGGCUGUAACGUCCAGAGGACCAGAAUAUUUAUAUGGCAGUGCUAUAAAAAUGAGAGUCGUGAUCAAUUCCCACAUCAGUGGCUUCAUUCAUGCUUAAUGUGACCACCUCACGGUUGUGUUCUAUGUUCCAUUUUUCUGUUUGCUUCUGUUCUCAGUUUUGUUAUUUGUUUACCUUUUGUUGUUUGUUUUUUGUUGGAUGAGUAUGUAAAUCAUAAGGCUUGCUCUACUCACAAAGACAUUCAUUAAAUCCCCAAUUUUUUCUA